UAGUUUACUGGAUGAUGUAAUGAAACUUUUUAUUUUUUGCUUUCAUUUUAUAGCGAAAAUCAGUCAAUACAACAGCUAGGGAAAGACGACGAGCAAGAGAAUCUCAAGAAUUAGGGAAUGAGGCUCCAUUAUCUCACAGACGAAGAGCAUCGGAUGCUAAGGGUAAAGACUCAAUAGAUGGAGCAGUUGUGAAAAGAUCAGUAGAAAGAACUAGCUCUGACCCUGUAAAAAUUACUGGAGACAAGAAGCCGGAUGAUGAAUCGCAAAGUUCAUCAGAUGAGAUGGAGGAUGGGAAACAAAGAGAGGAUAAGGAAAUUAAAAAGAUGUCUAAUCUACUGGAAUGCACACUAAACCUUGGAGAUCAGGAUGUCGAUGACAGAGAUUCACCAGAUGGUGGCGUUUCACUCCCAACUCCCUCUGACAACCUUGACUUUACAAUGGAUAUUCCCAUUCCCGCUGCUGCUCCCAAAGCUCCUAAGGGAAUUGGUAAUGAAACAAUGACAUCAUCUGGGAGAUUAAUGGACAGGAUUGGUCUACUGCGCAAAGAUGUCAUCAGUGGAAUUGGACUUAAUGCACUGAUGUCAGCUUAUGAGGUACUAGAUCAGUAUGAAGAAGAUGAAAUUGAGGUUUGUAUUU